AUGACGUCCGCUGAAGAAGCGAAACUACUAUCGUUGGACGUUGAGCACUUAGUGUCCGAGAUCAAAGAAAACCUCAGACUCUCCGGAUUCAAAACGCGAAGACACCGCUCGCACUUUGCACGAGUUCAGCCGUACGCCAAACCUGUCGCAUGUGAAUCGUGUUCACAAAAAAGACUAUGUCGAUGCGACGAUGACGAAGAUACUCAAGAUCCCGACGACCCAUACGAGAUGCUUCAAGUGUUGCUGCGGGAAGGUAGUCUCAUCAAAGAAGCUGUGCGACGUUUGCAAAUAGGUCUUUCGCCCAAACAAAGGUAUUACUAUGAAUCUGAUGAAGAGUCGUCCAGAAGCCCAAAGUUUCGGUACUGUUGA